GAUUCUAACACACGAAUUCUGUUCAGGGGGCUUCUUGGCAAAUGGACCGCAGUGGUUUGGCAUUUCCAAGCGCUAAGGCAGAGAUUAAGCCUCAGAGGCCACACUUGAACUCGGUUCUUUCUGACGCUGGGCCAGCACUCUAUCCCGAGCCGUCUAGCUGUCUCUUCGGCUUAAGCGAGGGCAUAAGAAUACAGAGCAGACAGGUACAGACAUGACUAUACUGCUUCGCCGACUUGAAAGCGCUAUGGAAGGAUGGGCUAUUGUUGGGAGCCGGGGCUUCAUCCCGGCGUCUCUGCUGGGCUGAGACCCCCGCCAGUCACUGACUGGCUGCCUUUCUGUCCCCACAGCACUCAGUCCCUCUCUUGGCGCCUCCUCACGACUAUGGACAAUGGACAAAUAUGAGAACGCCACUCCCUCCAAUAUUUCCUACAGAGACUUCUUCCUGGUAGGCUUUCCGGGGCUUCGGGAAUGGCGGUCGCUCUUGGUUCUCCCCGUCUCCUGCCUCUAUGCCUUAAUCCUGGCCUCCAACGCCCUGAUCGUCUACACUGUGGCCUCCCAGCGCAGUCUGCACCAGCCCAUGUACGUGCUCAUCUCCCUGCUCCUGGCCGUCAACGUGUGCGCCGCCACGGCCGUGCUGCCGCCGAUGCUGUCGGGCUUCCUGCGCUACGCAAACCCCGUGUCCCUGGAGGGCUGCCUCACCCAGAUGUUCUUCAUCUACUUCACGCUGCUCCUGGACUACAACCUCUUGCUGGCCAUGGCCCUGGACCGCUAUGUCGCCAUCUGCCACCCGCUCCGCUACGCGGACCUGAUGACGUCCCGGCUGCUGGGCCUGCUGGCCGCGGCCGCCCUGAGCCGGAGCCUGGCCGUGGCAGUGCCCCUGGUGGUGCUGACGUCCCGGGCCCGCUUCUGCCGAACGGCCGUGAUCCGCCAUUUUGCCUGCGAGUACAUCGCCCUGCUGAGCAUCGCCUGUGGGGACCUCACCUUCAACAACCGCCUGGGCUUGGCCAUGCGGCUGAUCACCGUGACCUUUGAUCUGUCCCUGCUGGGGGCUUCCUACAGCCGCAUCAUCUACGCCGCCUUCCAGAUCUCCUCAGGCAGUGCCCGCGCCAAGGCGCUACACACGUGCGGCUCUCACCUGCUGGUCAUCUUCACCGUCUACCUCUCUGGUCUCUCCACUUCCAUCGUCUUCCGGUUCGCGAAGUCUGUGUCUCAGGACGUGCAGAACCUGCUCAGCGCCCUUUACCUGCUGCUUCCGGGAGCCCUGAAUCCCAUCAUCUACGGGGUGAGGACCCGGGAGAUUCGGCAGCAUGUGGAGAGAUUGUUCUGGGGAAGGGAAUCAAUGCUGGUGACCAAGGACCAGUCAAAGAGGCUGCAAAAUACCCAGCCAGAGAGGAGACUACCCGCGUGAGGCGGGGCGUCAGCCAAGGAAACGAGCCCUAAACAGCGCGUGUUUACUGGCCCUAUUAAAGCCGCAGUAGAAUUUUCAGGAGAAAGUGGUGCCUUAUCCGUAGAUAAAGACUGGUGGAAACUACAGUAAGGAUACUAGUACUACAGCAGCGCUGUCUCAUCUCCCUGGUCUUUUGCUCUUUCCCUCGUGACCAGUUGCUCAAAAUUUCCAUCCAUUGGAUGGAGAGGAGCAUGCACCAAGUUACACAGGUUCAGGUUCUGUCUCUAGAAUCUCCCAUUCUUCCUUAAAAAGAGCUGAAGUCUAUCUGUAAUCAUAAUCCAC